AUGCUACACUCUAGAAACAUAGCAAAGGUGCUACAGCAAGGAUUCAAGCCUUCUCAGCUGACGGACGAAUCUCCUCUUGCAGUUGCUCUCAUUACUAGAGAUGGAGAGCUUCUCUCUACAGCAAUGGAAAAGUCUAUUAUUUCAAACAGUCAAGUAGAAGGCGAUAGUUCUUUUUCCAAGUCUACGCUGUCGAAAAAUGAUUUAAAAAUCUACUCUUUGGUGGCUAUAAGGGAAUAUCAUUCGUAUCAAAAAACGCAGGCUGAAUCAGGCGGUAAGGUGGAGAAUUGGCAUGCUACAACUAUAGGGGAACGUCGGGUAUUGCUUUAUUCAAUCGAGAAUACAGAUCUACUAUUACUUUCAGUGACUAGAUUAUCAUAUCCUGGAGAUAUAGCACUUAUACGCAGUCAGAUCCUUUCUGAAACGCUUGCUGCUGGGUUGCAAGGAUUCAAGUUGACUGCCCAUUAA